AUGCCUUCUUUGCACUUCGUCCUGACCUUCUUGGCUCUGCUAAACAGUCUUGUGUCUUCCACCAACAUUGUUUCCCUGGUCGGCAGCGACUGGACCAUUAGCAAUGACGCCCUCAAUAUCUCACUGCCAGCCAGACUGCCCAACUACGUGCAGCUGGACCUUUACGAGAACCAGGUCAUAGGCGAUCCGCUGUAUGGUCGCAAUAACUUUGCGCUGCGAUGGAUUGUGUGGAAUAACUGGACGUAUACAUCGGCUCCGCUGCAAGCUCUACAAUCAAAUGCCAGCAGCACAUGGCUUCUGUUCAACGGCUUGGAUACAUUUACAUCCAUAUCUUUCUGCGGCCAGCACGUUGCCAGCACCAACAACCAAUUUCGACAGUAUUGGUUCGACAUUUCUACUAUCCUGAGCUCGUGCGCCAAUGCCGUCGAUCGAGUACUCUCCAUCAACUUUGGUUCUGCUGCAACCAUUGCCGACGCGAUCGCGAACGAGCCCGGGCAGGAGGUCUGGCCAGACGGCGUGCAGAACCUGUACCAAUUCUUGAAUCGAUGGUUCGUGCGGAAAGAGCAGAGCGAUUUUGGUUGGGACUGGGGUCCAGCUUUCGUCCCUGCUGGGCCAUGGCAACCUGCAUGGGUUGUACAGCUUGCCAAGGAAGAGGUCAAGAUCCGGAACAGCGUGGUUGAUAUCUAUCGCGAAGGUCAGCUUAACAACUUGCCUCCUGAUCAAAGUAAGAACUGGGUGGUGAACGCAAGUCUGGAUUAUUUCGGACAGGCGCUCAAUGGAGCAACACUGGACUACAAGAUUACAUCUCUGGACAAUACAAGCACAAUCGCCAAGGGAUCCCUGAACGCCAUCAAUGUGACCGCAUCCACUGUGACAGGAUCGACGACCGUCCCAUCGGAUGCUGUCGAUCUAUGGUGGCCAGUAGGCAUGGGACAUCAGGCUCUCUACUAUAUCACGAUCGACCUCAAGUCUGCGAGUGGUGAUACUCUGGCGACUGUAUCAAAACGGGUGGGCUUCCGGACGAUCGUUCAAAAUGGAAAUCCUGUUUCAGACGAAGAGAUGGCAAUGGGCAUUGCUCCGGGCAACAAUUGGCACUUCGAAAUCAAUGGUCAACCCUUUUUCGCCAAAGGCUCCAACUUCAUUCCACCCGAUGCAUUCUGGACCCGAGUUACGCAAGCACGGAUCGAACAGCUUUUCGACAUGGCCAUUGCUGGCAAUCAGAAUCUAUUAAGAGUCUGGUCGAGCGGUGCAUACUCGCCAGACUUCAUGUACGACCUUGCGGACGAGAAAGGUUUGCUGCUCUGGUCUGAAUUUGAGUUCGGUUGUGCUCUGUACCCUGUGCAUCAAGAGUUCCUCGACAACGUAUACGAGGAGGCAGUAUAUCAGGUGAGACGAACGAAUCACCAUCCGUCACUGACCUUCUGGGCUGGUGGCAACGAGUUGGAGAACCUGGAACUGCCGGUUGCCAACAAGUCGGCACCUGAAGAAUUUCCGCGAAUACAAGCAGAGUACGAGACGCUUUUCCUCCGCACCAUUCUACCUGCGGUGUACGAGAAUAGUAAGAGCAUCAGCUACCAGCCGAGCUCUACCAGCAAUGGUUGGCUGUCGUUAAACCACAGCAACCCGGCGUUUCCCAUGAUACAGCGCUAUAACAACAAGACAGAGGGUGCGGUCUAUGGAGAGACCGACUAUUACAACUACAGGCCUUGGUUCCUUGGUAAUACGAGUUCUUACCCUGUCGGCCGUUUCUCGAAUGAGUUCGGAUAUCAUUCGAUGCCCUCGCUGCAGAGCUGGAAACAGCAGAUCUCCGAGAAAGACCUCCAUUUCAACAGCACCACCAUCCUUCUUCGAAACCAGCACAAUCCUCCUGGAAACCUCAGCAUCAAGAGCUUCGGCAAUUCAGAGACCGGACAGUACCAGAUGACGCAGGCCAUCGAAUACUGGUACCCUAUUCCGAAGAAGACCGAGUCGGUGGCAAACUUCUCUGCAUGGUGUCAUGCAACUCAGAUCUUCCAGGCUGAGUUCUACAAGAGUCAGAUCGAAUUCUAUCGUAGAGGCUCUGGGUUGCCCAACAGAUGCCUUGGCAGUCUCUACUGGCAACUCGAAGAUAUCUGGGUCGCACCGACGUGGGCUGGCAUCGAAUACGACGGACGGUGGAAGGUUCUCCAUUACACUGCCAAAGACAUUUACGAGCAUGUCAUCAUCGCUCCGUACUUCAAUGUUACGACGGGCAACCUCUCGAUAUGGGCCACGUCUGAUUUGUGGAAAGAAGUCAGUGGGACGGCGACACUGCAAUGGUACGAUUGGGGCGGUGCCGAGCUCGACACCGGCAUGAGCAAGUCCGUUGAUGUCAAGAUCGGCGCGAUUAAUAGCACUGAAGUCUGGCACGGCUUCACCACUGACCUCCUCAAGAAUCACGAUGCCAAUAAUGCUGUCUUGCAGCUUUCCAUUGAAGUCACCGGCCAGUUGCCCAACGAAAACUUCACGCGUACCUUCCGUCACGAGAACUGGUUCCAUCCGGCUCCUCUCAAGGACGCCAAGCUGGCAGACCCGGGGUUGCAGGUCAGGCACGACGCGCACAGCAAGAAUUUCACGGUCUCGGCAUCGAAAGGCGUUGCGGCUUGGGUUUGGUUGGACUAUGGCGAAGGUGCGGUCGUGAGCUUUGAGAGUAAUGGAUUCUGGCUCUUGCCGAAUGGUUCGAGGCAAGUCGCGUAUAGUGUGUGGAAGGAUGAUACCAAUGGGAAAUGGAUGGACACGGUGACGGUGGAGAGUAUGUGGAAUCAGACGUUGCAGGAUUGAGAGAAGCGUCUGCUCCAAUCUCGGUAGAUCUGGCGGGAAGCGGACCGAGGAGUCAGCUUAGCUUAGCUUAGCUAGUCUCAUUAAUAGCAUUUUAUUGUAUAGACG